GAGCCCUGUAAAGAAGACAGUGAGGAAGACUUUUCCUGGCAUUUUUUUGUGGUCAUACAUAAAGUGCGCAGGCAGGACAGGUCUGCUCUUCCUUUGUGUGAUACCUCCUCAGUUUGACGACUCCUCCAUAGUGACAUCAUGAUGGACAUGUCCGAGCUUGGUACAGCUGCUGCUUACCUGAGGAUGUCUGACAAGGACUUGCUAAAGCUGCACACUUUACCAUAUGAAGGGAAAAAGAAAUUUUGGAUCCCAGAUGAUAAACAUGCCUACAUUGAAGCUGAGGUUAAGGAAACAUCUGGAGACAAACUUACUGUUGAAACUGCUGAUGGCAAGAAAGUCACUAUCAGGGCAGAUGAUGUGCAGCUAAUGAAUCCUCCCAAGUUUGAUAUGAUUGAAGACAUGGCCAUGCUGACUCACCUCAAUGAGGCGUCGGUGCUGCACAACCUACGUAGGCGCUACUCAAAGUGGAUGAUCUAUACAUUCUCUGGACUCUUCUGUGUGACUGUGAAUCCAUAUAAAUGGCUUCCAAUCUAUACCACUCAAGUUGUAGCAGCCUACAGAGGCAAGAGACGCACAGAGACCCCACCUCAUAUCUUCUCCAUUUGUGACAAUGCUUACAACGACAUGUUACGCAAUCGUGAAAACCAGUCUAUGCUGAUCACUGGAGAAUCUGGUGCUGGCAAAACUGUUAACACGAAACGUGUCAUUCAGUAUUUUGCCACUGUAGCAGCCCUUGGAGAUCCAUCUAGCAAAAAAUCUCAACCAGCCACUAAAACUGGGGGGACCCUGGAGGAUCAAAUCAUUCAGGCCAACCCUGCCUUGGAAGCUUUUGGUAAUGCUAAAACUAUCAGGAAUGACAACUCUUCACGCUUCGGUAAAUUUAUUAGAAUUCAUUUUGGCACCACUGGAAAGCUGUCUUCUGCUGAUAUAGACAUCUACUUGCUGGAAAAAUCCAGAGUAAUUUUCCAACAACCAGGAGAAAGAAGUUACCACAUCUUUUAUCAGAUCCUAACAGGAAAAAAGUCAGAACUACAAGACUUGCUCCUUGUAUCUACAAAUCCUUAUGAUUAUCAUAUCUGCUCACAAGGAGUUGUUACUGUGGACAACCUAGAUGAUGGCGAAGAACUGAUGGCAACAGAUCAAGCCAUGGAUAUUUUGGGCUUCUCUUCAGAAGAAAAGUAUGGUGUCUACAAGAUGACUGGCGCAAUUAUGCAUUUUGGAAACAUGAAAUUUAAGCAAAAACCCAGGGAAGAGCAAGCAGAAGCUGAUGGCACUGAAAGUGCAGAUAAAGUGGCUUAUCUUAUGGGUCUCAGCUCAUCUGAUCUAAUGAAAGGUCUUCUGCAUCCUAGAGUGAAGGUUGGCAAUGAAUAUGUGGUCAAAGGUCAAAAAGUAGAACAGGUAGUGUAUGCUGUAGGAGCCCUAGCCAAAGCAGUGUAUGACAGAAUGUUCAAGUGGUUUGUGACCAGAAUUAACAAAACUCUGGAUACCAGACUGCCAAGACAAUUCUUCAUUGGGGUGCUUGACAUUGCUGGUUUUGAAAUAUUUGAUUUUAACAACUUUGAACAACUGUGCAUCAACUACACCAAUGAGAAACUGCAACAGUUUUUCAACCACCACAUGUUUGUCUUGGAGCAAGAGGAAUACAAAAAGGAAGGGAUUGAGUGGGAGUUUAUUGACUUUGGUCUAGACCUACAGCCAUGCAUCGACCUUAUUGAAAAGCCAAUGGGAAUCCUAUCAAUCCUGGAGGAGGAAUGCAUGUUUCCAAAGGCAACUGAUGCAUCAUUCAGGGCCAAACUUUAUGAUAACCAUCUUGGGAAAUCCCCCAACUUCCAGAAACCAAGGCCUGACAAAAAGAGAAGAAGUGAAGCCCACUUUGAACUCUUACACUAUGCUGGUGUGGUACCUUAUAACAUUGGAGGAUGGCUUGAAAAAAACAAAGACCCACUUAAUGAGACAGUUGUUGGCCUUUUCCAGAAAUCAUCAAACAAGUUACUGGCCUGCAUUUUCGAAAACUAUCUUUUUGCUGACUCCCAAUCAAGUGAUAAGAAGCGUAAGAAAGGGGCUUCUUUCCAGACAGUGUCUUCAAUGCACAAGGAAAAUCUGCAUAAACUGAUGACUAAUCUUAGAGCAACUGCCCCUCACUUUGUCCGUUGCAUUAUUCCCAAUGAAACAAAAACCCCAGGUGUUAUGGACUCAUUUCUUGUGCUCCAUCAGCUACGCUGUAAUGGUGUCCUGGAAGGGAUUCGUAUUUGCCGUAAAGGCUUUCCGAACAGAGUAUUAUAUGCAGAUUUCAAGCGAAGGUACCGUAUCCUUAAUCCAACUGCUAUUCCAGAAGAUAAAUUUGUGGACAGUAGGAAAGCAGCUGAAAAGCUUUUGGGCUCUCUUGACAUUGAUCACACUCAAUAUCGGUUUGGACACACAAAGGUGUUUUUUAAAGCAGGUUUACUUGGUCAUCUGGAGGAACUGAGGGAUGAGCGACUUGCAAAGAUUAUUACUAUGAUCCAGUCAAGAGGGAGAGGAAAACAGAUGCGCAUUGAAUACAGAUCUUUAGUUGGACGUGGGGCUGCCAUUCUAGUCAUUCAGUGGAAUAUUCGAGCUUUCAUGGCUGUCAAGAAUUGGUCUUGGAUGAAGCUUUUCUUCAAGAUAAAGCCACUCUUGAAAUCUGCAGAGCUUGAAAAGGAAAUGGUAAACUUGAAGGAGGAGUUCCAGAAAUUAAAAGAAGCUUUAGAAAAAUCUGAUUCCAGAAGAAAGGAACUUGAAGAGAAACAAGUUUCACUUGUUCAGGAGAAAAAUGACUUACUAAUACAAUUACAGGCAGAACAAGACACGCUUGCUGAUGCUGAAGAAAGAUGUGAUUUAUUAAUUAAGUCCAAGCUGCAGUUUGAAGCAAAGGUCAAAGAAAUGGCAGAACGUCUGGAAGAAGAAGAAGAGAUGAAUUCUGAUCUCACCUCAAAGAAGAGAAAAUUAGAGGAUGAGUGCUCAGAACUGAAAAAAGAUAUUGAUGAUCUAGAAAUUACAUUGGCAAAAGUUGAAAAGGAGAAGCACGCAACCGAAAAUAAGGUCAAAAACUUAAUAGAAGAGAUGACAGUCCUUGAUGACAAAAUUGGAAAACUUUCAAAGGAGAAGAAGGCUCUGCAAGAAUCACACCAGCAAAUUUUGGAUGACCUGCAAGCAGAAGAAGACAAAGUCAACACGCUGACAAAAGCAAAGGCUAAGCUGGAACAGCUAGUAGAUGAUCUUGAAGGAUCUCUUGAGCAAGAGAAGAAGAUCAGACUGGACCUGGAGAGAGCCAAACGUAAGCUAGAAGGAGACCUGAAGAUGGCUCAGGAGAGCAUCAUGGAUUUGGAAAAUGACAAGCAACAACUGGAGGAAGGCAUGAAGAAAAAGGAGUUUGAAAUAAACCAGCUCAACUCCAAGAUAGAAGAUGAGCAAGUCAUAGUGACCCAACUACAAAAGAAAAUAAAAGAACUUCUGGCUCGUAUUGAGGAACUGGAAGAAGAACUUGAAGCAGAAAGAACAGCAAGAGCUAAGGUUGAGAAGCAGCGAGGCGAUCUGGCACGGGAGCUGGAAGAGCUGAGCGAACGGUUAGAUGAGGCUGGCGGAGCGAGCAUUGCACAAAUUGAAAUGAACAAAAAGAGGGAAUUAGAAUAUCUGAAAAUACGUCGUGACCUUGAGGAAGCUACCCUUAAUCAUGAAGCCACUGCAGCUGCCCUGAGGAAGAAGCAUUCUGACUCCGUUUCAGAGCUUGGAGAGCAAAUCGAUAGCCUACAGAGAGUAAAACAGAAACUAGAAAAAGAAAAGAGUGAGCUGAAAAUGGAGGUAGACGACCUGGGCUCAAGUGUAGAACAAAUUACUAAAGGGAAGGUAAAUGCUGAAAAGCUUCUCCGGACAUAUGAGGAUCAGUUAAGUGAGACAAAGACAAAACUGGAUGAGAUGACUCGACAUGUAACUGAUCUCACUACCCAGAGGGCCAGAUUACAGGCAGAGGCCGGUGAACUUGGCAGACUUCUAGAAGAGAAGGAAAGUUUGAUCAGUCAGCUAACAAGGGGUAAAGCUUCCUUUACUCAGCAAAACGAUGAGCUCAAGAAGCAACUCGAAGAAGAAACAAAGGCGAAAACAGCCUUGGCUCAUGCCCUGCAAGCAGCCCGCCAUGACUGUGACCUUCUUCGCGAACAAUUUGAGGAGGAGCAGGAGGCCAAAGCAGAGCUGCAGAGGGCGCUGUCAAAGGCAAAUGCUGAAGUGGCUCAGUGGCGAACCAAGUAUGAGACUGAUGCUAUCCAAAGAACAGAGGAGCUGGAAGAGGCCAAGAAAAAGCUUGCUACUCGUCUACAGGAAGCUGAGGAAGCCAUCGAAGCUGCAAAUGCUAAGUGCUCCUCUCUUGAGAAAACCAAGCAUAGACUUCAGAAUGAGCUGGAAGAUCUAAUGAUCGAUUUAGAGCGAUCCAACUCUGCAGCAGCCGCCAUGGAUAAGAAACAGAGAAAUUUCGAUAAAAUCAUUGCCGAAUGGAAACAGAAAUAUGAAGAAGAACACAGUGAGCUGGAAAUUUCUCAGAAAGAGUCUCGCAGUUUGAGCACAGAACUCUUCAAACUGAAAAAUGCCUAUGAAGAGGCUCUAGAUAAUUUAGAGGUAGUACGAAAAGAAAACAAGAACUUACAAGAGGAAAUUUCUGAUUUGACUGAUCAGAUAAGCGAGAGAAAUAAGAACCUUCAUGAAGUAGAAAAACUCAAAAAACAAGUAGAAAAGGAGAAGUCAGAGGUUCAGAUUGCACUGGAAGAAGCUGAGGGAGCAUUAGAACAUGAAGAAAGUAAAACACUACGCAUUCAACUCGAACUUAACCAGAUUAAAGCAGAUUUUGACAGAAAGUUAGCUGAAAAAGAUGAAGACCUAGAGAAUUUCAGACGCAAUCAUCAACGUGUUGUAGAAGCUAUGCAGGCCUCUUUAGAUGCAGAAGCAAAAAGUAGAAACGAGGCCAUCCGACUGAAGAAGAAAAUGGAGGCGGACCUGAAUGAAAUGGAAAUCCAGUUAAACCAUGCUAACAGGCAAGCUACAGAGGCACUGAAGUCUUCUCGUUACUUCCAGGCUCAGUUAAAGGAUGCACAAGUGCAGAUCGAUGACUUACAGCAUCAGAAUGAUGAUCUGAAGGAACAAGUUACUGUGUUGGAGAGAAGGAACAACCUGCUUCAAUCCGAACUUGAUGAAGUGAGGGCAGCUCUUGAUCAGUCUGAGCGAGGUCGUAAACUAGCAGAGCAGGAGCUUCUAGAAUCCACUGAGCGGGUCAACCUUCUGCACAGCCAGAACACAAGUCUGAUUAGUCAAAAGAAGAAAUUAGACUCUGACAUCUGCCAUCUGCAGAGUGAUGUGGAUGAAGCUUUACAAGAAUGUCGCAAUGCAGAAGAAAAGGCAAAGAAAGCCAUUACUGAUGCAGCCAUGAUGGCAGAAGAACUCAAGAAGGAGCAAGACACAAGUGCACACCUUGAGCGAAUGAAGAAAAAUAUGGAACAGACAAUCAAAGACUUACAGAUGAGAUUGGAUGAAGCUGAGCAAAUAGCCCUGAAAGGAGGAAGGAAGCAAAUCCAGAAACUUGAAUCUAGAGUGCGCGAGCUUGAAAGUGAGCUUGAAAAUGAGCAGCGCCGCAAUAAUGAGGCACAGAAAGGUAUUCGCAAGUAUGAACGUCGUAUAAAAGAACUGAGUUUCCAGGCAGAAGAAGAUAAGAAGAACCUGUCUAGAAUGCAGGCGCUGAUUGACAAACUGCAGCUCAAACUCAAGGGUUAUAAACACCAAGCAGAAGAAGCGGAACAACAAGCCAGUCAGAGCAUGUCCAAGUUUAGGAAACUACAGCACGAACUGGAUGACGCUGAGGAACGGGCGGAUAUGGCCGAAUCUCAGGUCAACAAACUGAGAUCCAAGACCCGAGAUAUGGGAGUGAAGGGUCACAAAGAAACAGAGUUUCUUUAGGAUUGCCACCUACUGAAAGUGCAGGACUCUAAGAGAUCUGCAGACAGGGGUGAAUGAAAAGAAGCUGCAAGAGAUAAAGUAGUGGUAUAAUUUCAUAAACCGAAAAUGUAGAGAUAGUGUAAUGCAUGCAAGAAAUACUUUUAUUAUUUGUAGCUGUACAACACUUACCGAGGUGGCUUCUUGUAUGAAACCAUUGACUAGAGUUGCCAAAUGUAAUAAAACAGCAAGAAGCCUCACGUUUAACAUAUUUAGUUUGAACAACACUAGAAUGAAAAGAGGAGAGAAACUUUGAAGGAAGAAAUAUUUUAAAAACUGAUGAAAUACCUUAAUAAUGGUUUCUGUAUUAUUAACUAUGUCUGCAUCAGUUUGUUGUGGAGAAAGUCAAUAAAGUGCCUCGCUUUGAUUAAA